CGAGGUUUUCACUCAUAUAAAACUUUACAGCUAUGGCACUCAACUUGACGAUCUUACAGAUAAGAAGUCUUAGACUACUAUUUUUCUUCUUUUGGAUUUCUUCUGGAGCAGUUUCAGCAACGACAUUUAGGAAUGGUGAAUCCCUAGGGACAGUUUCACGAGAAAUUUCCCAUGCUUCGGGUUUGGCUGCAAGUCGUAAACAUCAUGGUGUCCUGUACACUCAUAACAAUGGAGUUGAUCACCGCCCAUUCAUCUACGCCAUCAACGCCUCUACCGCCAGCCUUAUCGCGAGACUGCGGGUUUAUCCGGCAAACAAUCACGACUGGGAAGAUAUUGCAGUAGGGCCAUGCGGGAAAGCCAGUUGUAUCUACAUUGAAGAAAAUCCAAACGUGGUGUAUAGAGUGGAGGAACCGGAUUUCAUCUACUCGGAUCAGAUACUUCCGCUGAAAGAUAAAGUGCAGACUAAUUGGCAACAUGAUCAUUCAAAUACGUUAAUGGUGGACCCUUCUGGACUAGUUUAUGUCGUGGCGGCACAUCAUGGAGGGACAGGAAAAAUCGGGCGGAUUAAUCCGGGUGACUGGGGUCGUACGAAUGUAAACAUUGACACCGACAUUAAGCUGCAUGUUCCCACCCACAAUGUUCAUCACCAUAACGCAGACCCUGUAUCGGGGGACAUCUCAAAAGAUGGACGUCAAAUUUUAAUCCUGAUGAAAGAUCAUGUGUAUUAUUGGAACGUUAUAAAUGGAGAUAUACUACAGACUCUAGGUAGUUCCCAUGGAAGAGAAACCUUGCCACUAAAGAGAAGAAACUCUGAGGCAAUCGCUUGGGAUUCAUCUGGUCGAAAUUAUUAUACUGUUGAAAGGGGCGAAAGUGUUCCCCUUUAUUUGUAUCAACGUGAAGACACUUCCCCUCAGAAUAUAUUUGGAUGAACUGCCGGAAAAAUUCUACAUGUAAUUAAUUAAAUGAUGAAAUAUAAAAGGACAAAACAAAGAACUGUGAUAAAUUAGAAAAA